AGGGGAGGAGAAGGCAGACUUGUUCGACUUGGUGUUGUGGUGCGGCUUCUUCUCCAGUGGGAAAAACCUGAUCAGAUAUGGCUAGGGGAUUGAAGAAACAUCUCAAGAGGCUCAAUGCCCCCAAGCAAUGGAUGCUUGAUAAGCUUGGUGUUGCUUUUGCCCCAAAACCAUCCUCUGUCCUCAUAAAGCUAGAGAGUGUUUGCCCCUUAAUACUUAUAUUAAGGAACAGGCUGAAAUAUGCUCUCACUUAUCGUGAAGUCAUUGUUAUAUUGAUGCAGCGACAUGUGAUGGUGGACGGCAAGGUCAGGACAGAUAAGACCUAUCCUGCGGGGUUUAUGGAUGUUGUCCAAAUCCCAAAAACUAAUGAAAAUUUUCGGCUUCUUUAUGACACUAAGGGGCGUUUUCAUCUACACUCAAUUAGGGAUGAAGAGGCAAAGUUCAAGCUCUGCAAGGUCCGUUCUGUCCAAUUUGGACAGAAAGGCAUCCCAUAUCUUAACACUUAUGAUGGACGAACAAUUCGCUACCCUGAUCCUCUCAUCAAGGCUAACGACACCAUAACGCUCCACCUCGAGGCUAAUAAGAUAGUCGAAUUCAUCAAAUUUGAUGUCGGCAAUGUUGUGAUGGUUACUGGUGGAAGGAACAGAGGUCGUGUUGGAGUGAUCAAGAACAGGGAGAAGCAUAAGGGAACCUUUGAGACAAUUCACGUCCAGGAUGCUUCAGGGCAAUACUUUGCUACUCGCCUUGGCAACGUCUUCACUAUUGGAAAGGGCACAAAGCCAUGGAUUUCCCUUCCCAAGGGCAAAGGCAUUAAACUAUCCAUCAUUCAGGAGGCCAGAAGGCGCCUUGCAACUGCUGCUUCAGCUACCACUGCCUGA